AUGGUGAGCUCAGGUGGAGGUAUGCUUAGCCUGGUGGUGCUGGUUGGUGCGUUGCUGGUGGUGGGAGCCAGGAGUGAGGACAACCUGGUCGUCUCCACCACCAAGGGUCUCGUCCGAGGGGUCACUCUGACCGCCACCAGUGGCAAGCAGGUCGACGCCUGGUACGGGAUACCCUACGCCCAAAAGCCCAUCGGUAACUUGCGAUUCCGACACCCCCGGCCUAUUGACAAGUGGGAUCACAUCUUGAAUGCAACCCGACCUCCUAACACAUGUGUCCAAAUCAUCGACACAGUCUUCGGCGACUUUCCGGGUUCCAUGAUCUGGAACCCCAACACCCCUCUUACCGAGGACUGCCUCUACAUCAACGUUGUCGUUCCAAAACCGAGACCCACCAACGCAGCGGUGUUGGUUUGGAUCUUUGGAGGAGGCUUCUAUUCUGGGACUGCUACACUUGACGUCUACGAUCAUAGAACAAUAGUGUCCGAAGAAAAUAUCGUCUUGGUUUCCAUGCAAUACAGGUUAGCGUCACUGGGUUUCUUGUAUUUCGACACACCUGACGUCCCUGGGAAUGCUGGUCUUUAUGAUCAGCGAAUGGCUCUCCAAUGGGUGCACGAUAACAUCCAAUUUUUCGGCGGAAACCCUAAUAACGUCACUCUAUUCGGGGAAUCGGCAGGCGCUGUGUCAGUGUCCCUUCAUCUUUUGUCACCACUCAGCAGGAACCUUUUCAGCCAAGCCAUCAUGCAGUCUGGCGCAGCCACAGCGCCCUGGGCGAUCAUAUCUAGAGAAGAGAGCAUACUCCGCGGAUUAAGGCUCGCUGAAGCCGUAGGCUGCCCCCACAACAAGUCGGCCAUAAAUGAGGUCAUUGCCUGCCUAAGGACUAGGAAUGCCACAGUGCUCGUUGAAAACGAAUGGGGAACGUUAGGUAUCUGCGAGUUCCCAUUUGUACCGAUCGUCGAUGGAGCAUUUAUAUAUGAUCUCCCAUCCAAAUCUAUGACAACUGGUAACUUCAAGAAGACAAACAUCAUGAUGGGAUCAACUACAGAAGAGGGAUACUAUUUUAUCAUUUAUUAUCUGACAGAGCUUUUUAGGAAGGAAGAGAACGUAUACGUGAGUAGAGAGGAAUUCCUACAGGCAGUACAGGAGUUAAACCCUUACGUGAACAAUGUUGCUCGACAAGCGAUCGUCUUCGAAUAUACCGAUUGGCUCAAUCCAGAAGAUCCGAUAAAAAACAGAAACGCCUUAGAUAAGAUGGUUGGAGAUUAUCAUUUCACCUGCAGCGUGAACGAGUUCGCACACCGGUACGCGGAAACCGGAAACAACGUUUACAUGUAUCUAUUCACCCACAGAUCAGUUGGUAACCCAUGGCCAUCAUGGACAGGAGUGAUGCAUGGAGACGAAAUCAACUAUGUCUUUGGAGAGCCACUCAACCCUGCCAUGAACUACCAGCCUUCGGAAGUGGAGCUAAGCAGGAGAAUGAUGAACUAUUGGGCAAACUUCGCUAAAACAGGGAACCCUAGUUUACUUAGCGAUGGGUCUUGGACUUCAGUCUACUGGCCAGUACACACUGCUUAUGGUCGUGAAUACCUGACCCUUGGGAUCAACUCCUCCCAGACUGGCCGUGGUCCUAGAGUCAAGCAGUGUGCCUUCUGGAAAAAAUAUCUUCCCCAGUUGAUGGCGUCUACCAAUGCACAAGAACUCCAUGCACAGCCUGUAAAGUGUACAAGUGGCAGCCAAAAAUCAGCGAUUGAGAAAACAGUGCUGUUGAUUUUGAUCUUCUCCCUCAUAAGGGCCUAUGUUUAA